GAUCAUUCGCGUCAACGGAAUCGGACACGUCUGCAAGCCAUCCGCGUUUGUUUGUAAACAAACGCGUCUUCAACAUGCUUGAUCGGGCGAUGCUGGAGGCGAGAUCGUCAAAGAAAAGCUAGGGAAUAUAAGAAUUUUCACAUGGGAAGAAAUUCCCUGUCAAGAUAAGAUACGAAGGAGGAUAAGACGAGAGAAGAAGAAAAAAAAAACGGGGCAGAUCAACAUGCCGAGACAUAACAAAGUUUUGUACAUCGGCGGGAAUGCACAACAGAUGAAGAAACAACAGAAGACGAGAGGAAACAGACAGAUGCUAGUAACCUCUCUGAUACAGAGGAAUCUGCAGAGAAGGAAAAUAUACAUUCUGAAAAUAAAAUCUCAAACAUUAGAUCCUGCCUGGAUGGAUGAAAAUCUCCUUUCCAUAGUGAAAACUGCAAAAGCAUUACAUAAUGAAGGCUAUUUGUAUAAGCAUGAUAUAUCUCCUGAAGAUCUGCAAGGUCUAAAAAAAAGAUAUAUGUGUGACAGUACAGAGGUGUCGACUGUAGAUGAUAUUUGGAAACUUUGGGAUGUGCUGGAGGAAGUAGCAGGAAAACCAGGCGUGAAGCCCAUUUCAGUGGUGAAUUCACUCCCUACAGACUUUGAUGACUCAGAACCUUCGUCAUCAGUGUCAGCAGCGCACGACCCAGAGGUUAACGAUAUAAGAAAUGGUAAAAAAUAUGUAUUAAAACAUGCUGAUCAUAGCACAUCACCAGCAGAAGCCAUCCAUUCACAGCCACAGACACUUACAAAAUACUCUAUAUCGAUAAAAUCAAAACCGGCAAGGGUGCUUCAGCCUUCGAUUUCAGCCUCAGAUCUACUAUGGUCAUCGAAGGUACCUCAGGUUGCUGUGGAAACACAACAAUUAAAGCCACCAUUUCCACAGACACUUGCUAGCUCUGUGACAGCGUGUCAGCUUUCAUCACUAGAGUCGGUAACAUCUUCUUUGAUAGAACAUGUAAAAGAGCAAAAAUCGAUGGAAGUCAAAAGAAAAAUUCUAAAGCAAGUAAAAGAUUUUAUUCAGGGACAAAAUGCAAGGUUUGAAAGACUAGCUGAAAUUGCAAAUCGGCAAAACAGUUUAUUGGAGCAGUUUGCAAAUCAUAUGGUCCUUAAAGAACAGCAAGAGCAACAGAUAAGAAGGGUCAUGCAGCAACGGUUUGGACAGAUACAGCAGAUGGCACACUUUUAUAACCUGCAGCACCAACAGCACCAACAGUUUAUCCACCAACUUCGGCAGCUGCAACUGGAAUUUUUGUAUGAACUGCAUGACCACCACCAAUGCUACAUGCAAAGGAAGGGUAGCAGUUAAUUUUGGUAAAAGAUUGAAUUGAAAUGAUAAUUGAAAUGAUAAAGCCAAUCUUGCACAGUGAGAGUGAUAUGCAAGUUACAUCAGUUGCAUUGAUGGUACAAUAUUUUGUAAAAGGAAGUAUAAAGUCCCAUGUUUACUCAUGCUGAGAUUGGAGAUAAGUGCAUUUAUUUUGUGAAAUUGUUUUUAUAUGUGAAUUUCAGCAUGGAGUAUAAUUUCCCUUUUUCAAACUAAAUUACAGUAUGAACUGUUAAUAUAAACUGUUGUAAGCAAAAUGACCAACCUUACAUUUAGUUGAGAGAGUUCCAAAGACAUGAAUAUUAUUCAUAAUUUUGUGAAUGUAAAUUUGUGUGCAGUAUUUCUGUUUUAGUUUAAUAUAUAGUUUGUACAGUGGAAACGUGUAAAUAAUUAUCUUAAACUUCAUAUGAUAUAU